UGCACCGGCCACUGCGGUCGGCCACGUCCUUCGUUUCCACCGCAUAGAAGUCGGGACGCGGUAUUCCGCCGCCCUCCACCCCUGUUUAGUGGCCGCAAGGCGCAAGCAUCUCCAUUUAAGAAACCUUGGAAUCGCCCAUCCAACAACAACAAGGUUAAGCCGUCCACCACCGAAGAAGAACCCAAUUUCCGUGAUCGUGGGAUCUCAGCCCGGAGGGCCAUCGAGCUCCGGCGCGAUGUGCUCCCCCAUGGCUUUCGUCGCCGCCCGCCGCUUGCGGUACCCCCUCUCCGGCGCGUUCUUCGCCCCCGGCGACCUCACCGACGCCGCCCUCGUCCGUGCCAUCGCCGUCCUCUCCUCGGACGCCACCGCUCUCUCCCUCGUCCCGUUCCAGCGCCGCAACGCUACGUCCCUCGUCCGCCGGCUCCGGGUCCUCGCCGCCUUCUUGGAGUCCCUCGAGGAGUCCUCCUACCCCCACCCACCCCGGCUUCCCCCCUUGGCGGCGUUCUGCCUUGGGGAGCUCUACAUCUUCGUCUAUAGGGCCAAGCUCCUCCUCGAGUACUGCUCCGAGUCGAGCCGGCUCUGGCUUCUGUUGAGGAACCCCCAGGUGUCCAGCAACUUCCACGACCUCGCUCGGGAGCUGGCCACGCUGCUCGACGUCCUCCCCCUCGAUGACCUCUGCCUCGCCGAGGACGUCCGCGAGCAGGUAGAGCUCCUCCGGCGGCAGUGUAGGCGAUCCAACCUCUUCGUCGACCCCCACGACGAAAAACUCCGACGCAAAAUCCAUUCUUUCUUGGCCCGGUUCGAUGACGGUGAGGCGCCGGAUCCGGCGGACCUUCGGAGCACGUACGUCGACGGUCUGGGGAUAGGGAACGCCAGUGCUUGCUGUGCGGAGAUCGAGUUACUGGAAGAACAGAUCUCUAAUCAGGAGGAGGACAUGGACCUAUCCGUCGUCAUCGGAGUCGUCGCGCUCACCCGGUACUGUAGAUUCUUGCUGUUUGGGUUCCAGGAAAUGGAGGUCGAGAGUUCUUGCGGCGAUCAAAAGAAGGCAUCGAGGAAGCGAUCUUCGAGUCAGAGCAGCAGCGAUUUAUCCUUGACGAUCCCCAAGGACUUGUGCUGCCCGAUUUCGCUGGACCUGAUGAAAGAUCCUGUGGUCGUCUCCACUGGCCAGACCUACGAUCGCGCCUCCAUCACCCAUUGGAUCGUUGAAGGCCAUCGCACUUGCCCAAAUUCCGGCCAGACUCUCGCGAAUGGCGGCCUCGUGCCUAACAGAGCACUCAGGAGCUUGAUCUGUCGAUGGUGCGCCGCCCACGGGAUCCAAAUCGAAGUUCCUGAUGGAGCUGAAGUUUCUGCUGAGAGCCUCGCGGCGGCAUGCACCAGCAAGGCCGCAAUCGAAGCAGACAAAGCCACGGCAAGAAUUCUAGUACGGCAGCUAUCAGCUGGUUCACAGGAGUCGAAGGCCGUCGCUGCCCGCGAACUCCGGUUGCUGGCGAGGACAGGGAAGGAGAACAGGUUAUUCAUUGCGGAGGCAGGGGCAAUCCCCCUGCUCUGCAGGCUCUUCCAGUCAUCGAAUCCGAUCGCUCAAGAAAACGCGGUGACCUCUAUACUGAACAUAUCCAUUCACGACGGUAACAAGAGAAGGAUCAUGGAAGAAGAAGGGUGUUUGAGACUGACCGUUCACGUCUUGAUGCAUGGGUUGACUGCAGAGGCGAGGGAGAACGCGGCAGCCACCCUGUUCAGCCUGUCGGCAGUUCACGACUUCAAGAAAAAGAUCGUGGACCAGCAGGGUGCAGUGGCGGCAUUGGCCAAUCUGCUGAUGCAGGGAAGCACGCGAGGGAAGAGAGACGCAGUGAUGGCGUUGUUCAAUCUGUCGACGCAUCCGGAAUGCUGGUGUCGGAUGUUGGACCUGGGGGCAGUGCUCGCAUUGGUUGGAGCACUGAGAGAUGAGAGCGUCGCCGAAGAGGCUGCGGCUGCUCUCCAAUUGCUCGUGAGGCAGCCCAUCGUGGCUGAGGCAGUCGGGAGCGAGGACGCUGCGAUCACGAAUCUUGUGGGACUGAUGACGAGGGGAACUCCAAAGGGGAAGGAGAAUGCGGUCGCGGCGUUGCAGGAGUUGUGCCGGCGCGGUGGUUUACCAGUUACCCGGAGAGUAGCGAGGAUGCCGGCGUUGGGUGGGCUGAUACAGGCCAUCUUGUUCACAGGGACAAAGCGAGCGAGAAGGAAGGCUGCGUUACUCGUUAGGAUGUGCCGGAGAUGCGAGUCACCAGCGGUCAUGACAUGCGAAUCAUCGAGGGGUUCAAGCUUCGGAAGCGGGGAUGCAUCUGUGGUUUCUGUGUCCAUGGCCGUACAAGUGCCUGUUCUAUAGGAUGUUCAUCAUUUGCUGUAGAAUUCUUUUAUUCUUGUGAAUUGUGACAGUGGUCACAAAGCAUUUGGGUUAAUUACUUGUUACCCAUCCAUCCUAAUUAGUUAUGUUUGGAUGUUUACACUUUAAAAAAUUAUAUUUACAUUCC